CUGCCCGCCGCUCGCCCCGCGCCGCCGCCUGCCCUACGCCCGCGCUGCCUGCCCAGUGACUUGGCGGGGCACUUCGCGAAGAACCCUCUUCCCUGCCCGCAUCUCGCCUUCACGGAGGGCGGCGGUGGCCGCUCGCCACCCGUCCCGGCUGCGUUCCGUUACUGGCUCGUCCCGGGCACCCAAAGCAAAGUCUGGGGCCGGAGCAGCAACUUGUGAUCGGGAGGCAGCGGAACUCGGCUGCGGGAACUCGAGGAUCUUUUGUUUUCUCCUGUCGCUUUGGAUGGUCCUGGGAAGUGUCAAGGCGCCGCUGAGAAAAGCCUGGGCCAGGAGAGGGGAGGCCGGCCGGAGCUGGCGUGCGGCUGGAGCCCCGCGGAUCUGACAGCGCUCUUCCCGGAGGGGGCUCGCCCUGGGAGUCCGGCGGGAUUAGGAAACCUCGUUUACGUUAAGCUUCUGUGGAAUUACAACUGGGGGCUUUAUCGUUUCUCCCCCCGCUCUUCUGGCAUGAGAGUGCUUGCAGGCGCCACCCGAGGACAAUGAUCGCGGAGUUUGCUCACUUUUACCUCUUUGGAUUCAUAUGUCUCACCUCAGGCUCCCGUCUUCGGCAAGAAGAUUUCCCGCCUCGAAUCGUCGAACACCCUUCUGACCUAAUCGUUUCCAAAGGAGAACCAGCAACUUUAAACUGUAAAGCAGAAGGAAGGCCGACCCCCACCAUCGAGUGGUACAAGGGGGGGGAAAGAGUGGAGACGGACAAGGAUGAUCCGCGCUCCCACCGCAUGCUGCUGCCCAGCGGGUCGCUCUUUUUCCUACGCAUAGUCCACGGGCGCAAGAGCAGGCCGGAUGAAGGGGUCUAUGUCUGUGUGGCAAGGAAUUACCUUGGGGAAGCUGUGAGUCAUAAUGCAUCACUGGAGGUGGCAAUUCUGCGGGAUGACUUCAGGCAAAAUCCAUCAGAUGUUAUGGUAGCUGUAGGAGAACCUGCAGUGAUGGAAUGUCAGCCACCAAGAGGUCACCCAGAACCCACUAUAUCAUGGAAAAAAGAUGGGACUCCUCUAGAUGACAAAGAUGAGAGAAUUACAAUCAGAGGAGGAAAGCUUAUGAUCACAUACACAAGAAAGAAUGAUGCUGGUAAAUAUGUUUGUGUUGGAACAAAUAUGGUUGGAGAACGUGAAAGUGAAGUUGCGGAGCUCACUGUAUUAGAGAGACCAUCUUUUGUGAAGAGACCAAGUAAUUUGGCUGUAACUGUGGAUGAUAGUGCAGAGUUUAAGUGUGAGGCAAGAGGUGACCCAGUCCCUACAGUAAGAUGGAGGAAGGAUGAUGGGGAAUUGCCAAAAGCAAGAUACGAAAUCCGUGAUGAUCAUACCCUAAAAAUCCGGAAAGUUAUGGCAGGAGACAUGGGCUCCUAUACUUGUGUUGCAGAAAACAUGGUUGGAAAAGCUGAAGCAUCAGCGACUCUAACAGUUCAAGUUGUGUCUGAGCCUCCACAGUUUGUUGUAAAGCCUCGAGAUCAGGUAGCUGCACUGGGGAGAACAGUGACUUUCCAGUGUGAAGCAACUGGAAACCCUCAACCAGCCAUCUUUUGGCGGAGAGAGGGAAGUCAGAAUCUGCUUUUCUCCUACCAGCCCCCUCAGUCAUCCAGCCGAUUUUCAGUUUCCCAGACAGGAGACCUUACCAUCACGAAUGUCCAGAGAUCUGAUGUUGGCUACUACAUCUGCCAGACUUUAAAUGUUGCAGGAAGUAUCAUAACAAAAGCCUACUUGGAAGUUACUGAUGUGAUUGCAGACCGGCCUCCCCCUGUCAUUCGACAGGGUCCUGUGAAUCAGACUGUAGCUGUAGAUGGUACUUUAGUACUGAAUUGCUUGGCCACAGGCUCUUUAAUGCCCACUAUCCUCUGGAAAAAGGAUGGGAUCCUCAUUUCUACCCAGGACUCUCGCAUCAAGCAGUUGGAUACAGGAGCAUUACAGAUCCGAUACACUAAGCUGGGUGACACUGGGCGGUACACCUGCAUUGCUUCAACCCCAAGUGGCGAAGCUACAUGGAGUGCAUACAUUGAGGUCCAAGAGUUUGGAGUCCCAGUGCAGCCACCAAGACCCACUGACCCAAACUUGAUUCCUAGUGCUCCAUCAAAACCUGAGGUUACAGAUGUCAGCAGAAAUACAGUAACACUGUCAUGGCAACCUAAUUUGAAUUCGGGUGCAACACCAACCUCUUACAUAAUUGAAGCCUUCAGCCAUGCAUCUGGUAGCAGCUGGCAGACUGUAGCUGAAAAUGUGAAAACAGAGAGUUUUGCAGUUAAAGGGCUAAAACCUAAUGCAAUUUAUCUAUUCCUUGUGAGGGCAGCUAAUGCAUAUGGUCUGAGUGACCCAAGCCAAAUAUCAGAUCCGGUGAAAACUCAAGAUGUUCCGCCAACAAGUCAAGGUGUGGAUCAUAAGCAGGUCCAGAGGGAACUAGGUGAUGUGGUACUACAUCUGCACAACCCUACCAUCCUUUCUUCCUCCUCAAUUGAAGUUCAUUGGACUGUGGACCAGCAAUCCCAGUAUAUACAGGGAUAUAAAAUUCUGUACCGGCCAACGCCAGCAUCCUAUGGGGAGUCGGAGUGGUUAAUCUUUGAAGUGAGGACUCCCACCAAAAACAGCGUUAUCAUUCCUGAGCUGAAGAAAGGUGUAAACUACGAAAUCAAGGCCCGCCCUUUUUUUAACGAGUUUCAGGGAGCAGAUAGCGAAGUGAAAUUUGCAAAGACCCUGGAAGAAGCUCCUAGUGCUCCACCUCAGAGCGUUUCAGUAACUAAGAACGAUGGGAACGGGACAGCAAUUGUGGUCACCUGGCAGCCACCCCCCGAGGACAACCAGAACGGGAUGGUUCAAGAAUAUAAGGUUUGGUGUCUUGGCAAUGAAAGUCGAUACCAUAUAAACAAGACAGUAGAUGGUUCCACCUUUUCUGUAGUCAUCCCCUCCCUAGUUCCUGGUAUUCGAUAUAGUGUGGAGGUGGCAGCAAGUACUGGGGCAGGACCUGGAGUGAAAAGUGAUCCCCAGUUUAUCCAAUUAGAUUCUCAUGGAAACCCUGUGUCUUCAGAAGAUCAAGUCAGUUUAGCCCAGCAGAUUUCUGAUGUAGUAAAGCAGCCUGCCUUCAUUGCUGGAAUUGGUGCAGCCUGCUGGAUUAUCCUUAUGGUCUUCAGCAUCUGGUUGUAUCGUCACAGGAAGAAGCGAAAUGGACUCUCGAGUACUUACGCUGGUAUCAGAAAAGUCCCGUCUUUUACCUUCACACCAACAGUUACGUAUCAGAGAGGAGGAGAGGCUGUAAGCAGUGGAGGCAGGCCAGGACUCCUAAACAUCAGUGAACCAGCCACUCAGCCAUGGCUAGCAGAUACUUGGCCUAACACAGGGAACAAUCACAACGACUGCUCCAUCAACUGCUGCACCUCUGGCAAUGGCAACAGUGAUAGCAACCUUACCACAUACAGUCGACCAGCCGAUUGUAUAGCAAAUUACAACAAUCAGCUGGACAACAAGCAAACAAACCUGAUGUUGCCUGAGUCAACUGUAUAUGGUGACGUGGACCUCAGCAACAAAAUCAAUGAGAUGAAAACCUUCAAUAGUCCAAACCUAAAGGAUGGAAGAUUUGUCAGCCAGCCUGGGCAGCCCACUCCUUAUGCCACCACUCAACUCAUCCAGUCAAAUAUCAGCAAUAAUGUUAACAAUGGCAGCGGGGAUACAAAUGAGAAACACUGGAAACCCUCUGUUCAGCAAAAGCAAGAGGUUGCACCCAUACAGUACAACAUUAUGGAGCAAAACAAAUUAAACAAAGAUUACCGGGUAAAUGACAGCAUUGCUCCAACUAUUCCAUACAACCAGUCAUACGACCAGAAUACAGGUGGCUCCUACAACAGCUCAGACAGAGGCAGUAGUACAUCUGGGAGUCAAGGUCACAAGAAGGGUGCUCGUACCCCAAAGGCUCCCAAGCAAGCUGGCAUGAACUGGGCAGAUCUUCUUCCACCCCCUCCAGCACAUCCACCUCCCCAUAGCAAUAGUGAAGAUUACAGUCUGUCAGUGGAUGAAAGCUAUGACCAAGAAAUUCCUUGUCCUGUCCCACCUGCAAGGAUGUAUCUGCAGCAGGAUGAGCUAGAGGAAGAGGAAGAAGAUGAACGAGGUCCUACCCCACCUGUCCGAGGAGCAGCUUCCUCUCCAGCCGCUGUCUCUUACAGCCAUCAGUCGACUGCCACUCUCACCCCUUCUCCCCAAGAAGAACUCCAGCCCAUGUUACAAGACUGUCAGGAGGAUCUGGGACAUAUACAACACCAAGCUGAACGAAGACGCCAACCCGUGAGUCCUCCACCCCCUCCAAGGCCUAUCUCCCCACCACAUACCUAUGGCUAUAUCUCAGGCCCCUUGGUCUCUGACAUGGAUACCGAUGCGCCAGAAGAGGAAGAGGAUGAGGCAGACAUCGAGGUUGCCAAGAUGCAGAACAGAAGGCUCCUGUUGCGUGGCCUUGAGCAGACACCCGCUUCCAGCGUUGGGGAUUUGGAGAGCUCUGUAACGGGGUCAAUGAUCAAUGGCUGGGGCUCAGCCUCAGAAGAAGACAACAUCUCCAGUGGGCGCUCCAGCGUGAGCUCUUCAGAUGGGUCGUUUUUUACCGAUGCAGAUUUUGCACAGGCUGUGGCGGCAGCUGCCGAAUACGCUGGCCUGAAGGUAGCCAGACGUCAAAUGCAGGAUGCAGCAGGAGGCCGUAGACAUUUUCAUGCAUCACACUGUCCUAGACCCACCAGCCCCGUGUCUACUGAUAGCAAUAUGAGUGCUGUUGUAAUACAGAAGGUCCGACCUGCCAAAAGGCAGAAACACCAGCCAGGACAUCUGCGCAGAGAAGUCUACACAGAUGAUUUGCCACCCCCUCCUGUGCCACCUCCAGCUAUAAAGUCACCUACCGCCCAGUCCAAAUCCCAGCUGGAGGUGCGACCAGUCAUGUUGCCAAAACUUGCUUCUAUAGAAGCGAGGACAGACAGAUCUGCAGAAAGGAAAGGAGCGAGCUACAAGGGGAGGGAUGGAGUGGAUGGUCGACAGCAUUCAGAUGUGCGGACAAAUUCAGGAGAGAGGAGAGAACACAGGAACAGCAAAACGAUGGGAACUACGAGGGAAAUAAAGCAGCAAAGCGGGAAGGCGCACCAGCAAAAACUCAUCUUCUUCAAGAGGACAUCCUGCCAUAUUCUAGACCAACAUUUCCAACAUCAAAUAAUCCUAGAGAUCCCAGCUCCUCCAGCAGUAUGUCAUCAAGAGGAUCAGGAGGCAGACAGAGGGCAGAUCAAGCAAAUGUAGCCCGAAGGAAUGUUGCAGAAAUGCAAGUACUGGGAGCGUAUGAACAAGGUGAAGAGGAAGAAGAGAUGGAGGAAACAGAAAGCUGAAGACAACAACAUGUACUGUAACAGGCUUUUCAAAUCUAAUCAGAAAAAAAAUAAAAAUCACUUAAGAUGCCUCAAGUCUGAUGAUGUUUGACGCCAGAAAUAAUGUUCAGUGCAAUCAGAGUAUACAAUUUUUCAUUUUUCUUCAUGCCAUCAGAAUGCUAAUUUUUAUUUUACUCUUUCUUUGUAACCCUCCUUUUUAGGAAUGGCCCUUGCCUAUUCCAUAAUGCUAAGGGCAUCACCUUUGCUGCCCAAGAAAACAAGUAAGCUGCUCUGUGGUACUUGGGCCAGCUGCUGCUUCAGGAUUAGAACAGAAGGGGAUUCCAGAGCUUGGGAUCCCAAGAUUUCUCCCCUGUGAGGCAGUGCUUAGUACACUGCCAUACAACAGAGAGCUAAUUGAUAAUACUGCAAACAGCAUUGAUUAAAAAGUUCCCCAAUGUGAACAUCAUGAGGAAGAUUCUUUUACUCCAGGGAUUUCACUGUGAUCUGCAGUUAGUGCAAAUGGCAUCUUGCAGUUUGAAUACAGACUGUGUGUCUUUUUUUCUGCCAGUCUCUUGCUAACAGUUUGCAGAUGAUACAGUUUCACAAAUACAAGCAAAAUUUGUAAUGAGGUUGCUCUUAUUGUAAAUAUGUACUCAUUUUAAAUCCCCUGUGGUACUUUGAUUUGUCU